GUGGCCCCCAACCAACCUGCCAUCCAUCCAGCCAGCCAGCCCCCCAUGAUUGAUUCAGCCGCUGUCAAGGAAGCGUCAGCUUAUGAGGCGAAGGCUGCGUGAUCCCAGAACUGGGUCCAAGCUAUAAAACUCAGGCAAAGACCCAGGUCGGAGUGGGGAGGCACCGGGGGUCCCAAGGAGGGCCAGGAGACAGUCAUCCCGGAGAGGAGGAGGAGGAAGAGGAAGAGGAGGAAGAAGAAGGGGACCAGGAAAAAAAGGAAAGGAAAGGAAAGGAAAAGUGGUAGGAUCCUGACCACUGGCUGCUGCCACUCAUCCAUCCUCUAUUGAGCUCCAUCGGCGUCUCAGUGGAAGGUCCGGCCCCUGCACCAUGAGGCUCCAGCUGCUGCUCUGGACGGGGCUGCUGCUGGGGGCCCUGCUUCCCGGCUGCCCCGAAGGCCGAGCCCUGAGCCAGAGCCUCCCGGAGGAGGAGAGCCUCGCCUCGCGGCCCUCGGAGCCCCAGGAGCAGCCUCCCCAGCCCUGGCCGCUCUUCCUCCGCCUCGGCGAAGAGUAUUUCCUGCGCCUCGGAAGCCUUCGCAGGAGCCCCGACGACGACGACGACGCCUUCUCCUCCUCCGCAGCCUCCCUCUCCUCCGGCUCCAGCUCCAGCUCCAGCAGCAGCCAUUUAGCGGCCUCCGCCUCGGGCGGCCACUUUUUCCGGGCGGCCGUCCAGCAGCUGCUCCAGGCGCAGCCCCUGCGAGGGCGAGGGCGGCCGUCGGGGGGCGCCGGGGCCUCCUCCUCCGCCUGGGAAGGUGAGGGGCCCGAAGGCGCGGGGCAAAGGCUGGGCCCCACCCCGGGGAAGGAGAAGCGCUCCGAGGAGCCCCCCAUCUCCCUGGACCUGACUUUCCACCUCCUCCGGGAAGUCCUGGAAAUGGCCCGCGCCGAGCAGCUGGCCCAGCAGGCCCACAGCAACAGGAAACUCAUGGAGAUCAUCGGGAAAUGAAGCCCCCUCCCCGGCUAGGAUCCCUCCCU